CUACCUUGAAAAUGUGUCUGAAAUACCAAUGCCAAAAAUUGUAACCAAUGAAAGUGUAACAACAGAUAAUGAAUAUAUUAUCAAUAAUAUUACUUUUAAUGAAAGAGCAUUAAAUCAUGCAAAAAAUUUUGCAACAUCCACUCUUGAAGAUUUAGAACAAGAUAAAAGAGAUAUUAAUUGGUUAAUAUUAGACGUUGACUUGCAAUUAGAGAUUGAGUCUAUGUGA